AGUUUACGAGCAGCCUUUUUCCCUGACCUGACUUGGUUGGAGCCCUUGUUGUUCUGUCCAGAAUCAAUUCUUCCCAUCUCCGAGUUUGUUUUCUUUCCUCCCCCUUCAGAUCGCAACAAUGUCGACAUCCCCGACCUUCAUCUCCCAAACUGGGACUCUUCAGAAAUACUUCUCCCUCGAUCAGAAGGGCAAGAUCAUUGCCGAGUACAUUUGGAUUGACUCGGAAGGCAACACUCGGUCCAAGUCGAGGACCCUCGACGAGAAGGAGGACGGGUAUAAGCCCGAAGAACUGCCGAUCUGGAACUUCGACGGCUCGUCGACGGGCCAGGCUCCUGGUGACAACUCGGACGUCUACCUGCGACCCGUUGCUGUUUUCCCGGACCCGCUGCGCCGUGGCAAGGACAUCCUGGUGUUGGCCGAGUGCUGGGACGCCGAUGGAACGCCCAACAAGUACAACAACCGCCACGAGACGGCCAAGCUGAUGGAGGCCCACGCCGCCCACAAGCCGUGGUUCGGCCUCGAGCAGGAGUACACCCUCCUGGACCUGAACGACCGGCCGUAUGGCUGGCCUCCAAACGGCUUCCCCGCGCCUCAGGGCCCCUACUACUGCGGUGUGGGCGCCGGCAAGGUCGUGCAGCGCGAUAUUGUCGAGGCGCACUACCGCGCGUGCCUGUAUGCGGGCAUUAAGAUUUCGGGAACCAAUGCUGAGUGGGAGUUCCAGGUUGGGCCGUGCGAGGGCAUCGAGAUGGGCGACCAGCUCUGGGUGGCUCGCUUCCUCCUGCACCGCAUCGCCGAGGACUUUGGCGUCAAAGUGUCGGUCCACCCCAAGCCCAUCUUGGGCGACUGGAACGGCGCCGGCCUGCACACCAACUUCUCGACAAAGGAGAUGCGCGAGGAGGGCGGCAUGAAGCACAUCGAGGCGGCCAUUGCCAAGCUCGGCACCCGCCACAACGAGCACAUUGCCGUCUACGGCGCCGACAACGACAAGCGGUUGACAGGCCGCCACGAGACGGGCGCCAUCGACCAGUUCACCUACGGCGUCGCCAACCGCGGCUCCUCCAUCCGCAUCCCGCGUGAGGUCGCCGCUAAGGGCUUCGGCUACUUUGAGGACCGCCGGCCGGCGUCGAAUGCCGACCCGUAUCAGAUCACGGGUAUCAUCAUGGAGACUAUCUUUGGGCCUGUCUAAAUCGGCAACUGAUUCUUCGUUGAAACUUUGGUUGCGCUAGCUGUUUGGGUCAUUGAGGGAAGGGCAUGGAGUUUAUGGGUCUUGUAGUCGAUACCUCUGUGAAGUCGGACUGGAUGGGACCCCUGGAAUUUAUGAAUAUUUUUUUUUUUGUCUUUCUGCCUGUGCUUCUCGGACGCGUUCGCAAGAGUCAGGGUAAUCCAGAGUCACGCCACAGAUCCCUUUUGGUUUCAUACGGAAGCCCCAGGUGAGAGAGAGCUCAAUCCAGGGACUGCGUAUUAACUAAUACCUCGGGUAUGUGUAUGCGCACAUCCCUGGUCAG